UGCCGUCGCGCGCGCACCUUUGACACGAAAACGAAGACAUAAAUCGUGCAUUCGACAAUUAAGACAAGCAUGUGCAGUGAAUUAAAAAAUAUAAAAUAAAUAUGUCUCGCUUAGUGUUAAUAAUUUUAGUUUUAAGUGCGUCUUACACUAUAGGUGCUAAUCUCGGAGAGAAAGAAAGCGCCCGCGAGGAGAAGCUGCGAAGUGCCUUGAUUGAUGCUUUUCAAAAUAUUAAAAAAGCUUCAUCCAAAGGUGGACUCAACGAUGACCUGUCUUCAGACCUGCUCGGGUCCAUGAUACCGCUGCCUAAUACGAGUAAGAAUGAGAAAUUCACGACAGAGGAUUCUUUCGAUUUGUUUGCAGACGAUGACGGUCUAACAUUCGCUGAGGCUUUCGGUAAUGUCGAGACCGAGAGACGGGUAUCGACCACUGAGAAGUCUCACAAUGUUCAACACAUAGUGAAAACUACGAAGCAACUAGAUAAAACGACAUCGAAGCCGACCAAGGAUGUAUUAGGCAAACUGACAGACUCGAUACGAAAUACAGUAAACGAAACGAGAAUACAAAUGAGGGUGAUUUCUAACGAGACGAAUCUGAUGGGUCUGGAAAGUAUGCUGCGGGUGAUGGACGCACAGAUCUUAGUGGAACAGUGGGGUGACCUGCAGAAGGUUGUUAAAGGACAUUGUAAAGAGGACAUGCAGGAAUAUAUCCAGGGAUUGCAGGAAAAUAUGAUCUGGGCAUUAAAAAUGGAAGACGCGAGCGGACGCUACACCUCCAUGUUCUACUGGGGUAACAAUUACUGGACCGGCUCCGCGGAACUGUGCAGCAUCCUCAACGAUCAACACGCCCCUUCUAAAAAUCCCAACCGGAGUGCAGAUUCACAAAUCUUCAGCGAGUGGCGACAGGAUGUGUCGGUGACUGGACUUGGACCGCCCUUCGAGACCGCCUUCUACAACGUGCGCAUGUCAGUCUCGAGCAACCUCACUGAUAUUGUCAAAACUCGCCGAACCCUCCAUCUUGGUCUUUGUCUACCACGAUCAUGCUCUCGCGAGCAAGUAGGAGAUUUCGUGAAUGCUGUGCAUGCUCCGCUAUUGAAUCACAAGGUGAUCACGGUACGCUCUCCACAGCACGGUGGCUACUCCUACAUUGAGGAUCCUACCUUCCAAAUACUUUUGGGUGUAUCAUGCGUAGUGGGUCUGCUUCUAAUUGCCGGGACUGCAUAUGACAUGAAAAUCGCUCGGGAAGUGCGCGCGCGCCGGUGUCGGGCUGUAAACAUGGUAUCCGCGGAAAAUGGUGCGUCUGGCUUAAGGCUGGACUUAAACGGACUCGACUCUAUCACUGUUGCAAAAGGAAAGUCAAUGUACAACGUAAACAACAACAUCGCAAUAAAUAGCAACAAUUCCGAGGAGAGAUUGACCGCGGAGACGUCCUCCACGACUGAAGAAGAACUUAAACUGAGCGUUUGGUCGGAACUGCUGCUAUCCUUCUCGAUGAAGGCAAACAUCUUACAGAUCCUCGACCAAUCCGUCGGAUCAGACACUGUGCCUGUAGUUCAUGGUUUGCGCUCCUUGUCUAUGGUCUGGAUUAUCUUUGGACACACGUGUAUUGUUGUGUUUAAGUACGCUGAUAACACAGCUCUGAGAGCCAUUUUGGAAAAGAGCUUCUGGUUUCAACUGAUCAUAAGCGCUGUGUACAGCGUCGACACAUUCUUCUGCCUCGGCGGUAUACUGGUAUCGUUCCUGUACUUCCGAACGAACGCGAAGGGCAAGCUGGACCGCCUCACGAAGGGCCGCCGUAAGCUGACCGCCGGCGCGCUGCAGUUCUUCGGACUCAUCGGAUAUAGAUUCGCCAGAUUAACCGCGCCGUAUCUCUUCAUGCUGGGCGUAGUGGAGGUGACGAUGAAGUGGUUCGCGCACAACGCCGUGUUCGAGCCGCCAGCGAACGACCACGAGACCUGCCCACAGUACUGGUGGAGGAACUUGCUCUACAUCAACACUCUCUUCCCAGUCGAGCAAAUGUGUAUGCUGUGGAGUUGGUACCUGUCAGACGAUACACAGUUCUACGCUGUGAGCGCUAUCCUUCUUAUCCUCGCUACAAGUCACUUCAAGCUGUCAGUGGUAUUGACGGGUCUGUUCUUCCUGUCGUCCCUCAUCACCACGGGCUACGUGUCGUACAGCAGUCAGCACAUACCGAACAGCGAGGACCCCUUCACGCAGUUCGACAAGAUAUACGACAAACCAUGGACAAGACUCGGACCCUACCUCGUGGGGAUGGCCACUGGAUGGAUACUGUUUAAAACUAAUUUGAAAAUCAACAUGGGCAGGAUAUGGGCGCUAGUGGGUUGGGCGGUGUGCACUUCGACGCUGCUGUUCCUGAUCUUCGGCCUGUACCGCACGGAGCUGGACGUGGCGUCGGCGGCCGCUUACAGCGCGCUCUCGCACUCGCUGUGGGCGGCCUGCGUCAGCUGGGUCAUCAUCGCUUGCUCCACGGGGCACGGAGGCUGGGUGCGGCCGCUUCUGUCGGCGCCGGUGCUGUACCCGUUCUCGCGCGUGACGUACUGCGCCUACCUCGUGCACCCCGUCGUGCUGCGCUACGUCGCCAUGCAUCUCACGCACCCCAUACAUUUGGGGGAGCUGCUUGUGUUUGUACUCUUCCUGGGUCUGACUGUGAUAUCAUACUUCCUGGCGUUUGUCAUCUCAGUGGCCUUCGAGGCUCCGAUUGUCACCAUGCUCAAGAUAUUAUCGCCGCAGAAGAAACCCCACCGAGUGUGAUCACAAAUUAAAUAUUAAAUUAAUAAAUUACUUUUACAACGUAAAGGUAUGAAAGUUACAUGGUUGCAUGUCUUGUAAGGAAUUGUUAUUUAAAUACGGAAUUUAAAAGCUUUAAACUUUUUAGAGCUGUAUUUUAUAACAAAAAAAACUUCAUAAAAAGGUGAUCAUUCAUAAUAUUCACUUAUGUCUAAAAAAAUUAAGAAUUAAUCUCUUAACUUUAUUUAAAAUCUUUCUAAUAAUUUAAAUUGAAAACCGAAUUCAAUUCAAAAUUAUCUUUAUUCUAAUCCAAAUAUGAAAUGAAAUAUUCUUGUCUUAUAGUUUAAUAUUUAGUUAGCUUCUUUUAGCUAUGACUUAAAACAAAUAUCCAACUAUACAUAAUUUGUGACCACAGACUGCAAAAAUAUUGAUUGAAAUAUAAAUGUGAAAACAUUUUUUUUGGUAGCUAGUAGCUAACCUACAGCCUAUUUUUGUUACCAUAUACAUAUUUUUAUUUUUAAGUUAUCUGUUACGGUUAUAUGGAAUCUCAAUGUUAUUUAUUUUCAUCUAACAAAACAUUUGUAUACGGCCAUUUUCAUAAAAUUGGUAAUGGAAUUCAUAUUUUAUAAUUAGCAUUUCAAUUUAACAAAAAAUUAAGGUGAUUUUGACGUUUUGUUAUUUGUUUUUUUUACACUGUACAAAUUAUUUAAAAAAUUAAUUUGGAUAAGGACAACUAAAGAUUAAAGCAACUCGUUGAGUAUCGAAUUGUUUAUUCGAAUAAGAUGUCUGGGAAUCAAGCGUGUAAUAUCUUUGUUAAUUUUCUGGCUACUAUUUAUUGGAUUCAAGUUGUUGUCUAAAUGUUUAGUUUAAAAUUUAUGGCCAGCAUUUUAGCAUUAUAUUAUUGCAAUUAAAUUAAAUUAAAUAAUUUUACAAAUCAAUACAAAACAUAACGGUUUAACUUUUAAGAUAUGAAAUGAUUUGGGCCAAAUUUUUUUUUUUAUGUUUAUGGUUUAUUUCGACGAAAUUAUAAUAUUAUUGUAGAUUAUAAUUAAUAUAGUUAAAAUGUUUAAAUAGGUUGUCCAAAAAUGUACAUAAGCAAUUGUAAGCUUCGUAUUAUGUAAAUAAGCUGUAAAUAUUUAGAUGUAAGUUUUUAU